CCACGAAGCCCGACGGUCACUUCUGGUCCAAGAUGGCGGCGCAGAGGAGGAAUCUGCUUCAAAGUGAGCAGCAGAGCUGGACAGAUGACCUCCCUCUCUGUCAGCUUUCAGGGGUUGGAUCAGCUACUAAUCGAACCUAUAGUAAUGAAGGGAAGGAGGAACAUCCCUGUGAAGACAACUGGCUAAAAUUUAGGGGAGAAAAUAAUAUUUACUUGUAUGGGGUAUUCAAUGGCUAUGAUGGCGCACGAGCUACCAACUUUGUGGGUCAGCGACUGGCAGCUGAGCUUCUGUUAGGGCAGUUGCACUCCGAUGUCACUGAUGCAGAGGUUCAGAGAGUGCUGUUACAGGCUUUUGAUGUUGUGGAGAGAAGUUUCUUGGAGUCUAUUGAUGAUUCUUUGGCAGAAAAAACAAGUUUACUAUCUCAACUCCCAGAGGGUGCCGUGAAACAGCAGCUUCCCAGCCAGUACCAGAAGAUUGUGGAGCGCCUAAACAUCCUAGAGAAAGAAAUUUACGGAGGAGUAAUGGUCAUUGUGGUGCUCAUUCUGAACUGCAAACUUUACGUUGCUAAUGUGGGGACCAACCGGGCUUUGCUAUGUAAAUCUACUGUGGAUGGCCUCCAGGUCACACAGCUUAAUGCUGAUCACACAACAGAAAAUGAGGAUGAGAUAUUCAGGCUCUCUCAGCUGGGACUGGAUACAUCCAAGAUUAAACAGGUGGGUGUAAUUGGAGGUCAGCAAAGCACACGCCGCAUUGGAGAUUACAAAGUCAAAUACAACUAUAGUGACAUGGAACUGCUCAGCACUGCCAAAUCAAAGCCAAUCACAGCAGAACCGGAGAUCCAUGGCUGUCAGCCACUGGAUGGAGUAACAGGCUUUCUGGUGCUAAUGUCAGAAGGACUUUCCAAAGCUCUUGAAGCUGCUCAUGGUCCUGGACAAGCCAAUCAGGAGAUAGCAGCAAUGAUUGCUACAGAGUUUGCCAAGCAGGUAUCGUUGGAUGACGUGGCACAAGCAGUUGUGGAGAGGGUUAAGCGAAUUCACCAUGACACAUUUGUCAGUGGUGGGGAACGUGCAAAGUACUGCUCAAAACAUGAAGAUAUGACUCUGCUUGUACGAAAUCUAGGCUACCCUUUGGAGGAGGUUACACAACCCACCCUCACACCUACUCAAGGUGGCCGGAUAUAUCCUGUUUCUGUGCCAUACUCCAAUGCACAGAACACUAGCAAAACAAGUGUCACACUCUCAUUGGUGAUGCCAUCACAAGGAACAUUGGUGAAUGGAACACACGGUAGCAGUUCAACUUUGGAUGGGACCACUUCAACCCUACAAUCACCAAGUGCUACUCUCCAGUCGACCAACACUCAUACUCAAAGCAGCAGCUCUAGCUCGGAUAGUGGUCUCUUCCGCUCUCGCCCAUCUCCCUCCCUGCAACCAGAUGAGGACGGUAGAGUGGAACCUUAUGUUGAUUUCACCGAGUUCUAUCGGCUUUGGAACGCUGAGCAUGGUGACCCAGGAGCUCCAGUUACUGCUCAGUGAAGUGAACAAUGAAUGAUUUGGCUUCUAUUGCUGGAGACAAACCAUCACACAAUGACAAUGAACAGUUUAGCCUAACAAUCCUCCAAAUGCUCUUUCUCUGGUUAAUCACUGCAAGAGGUCUACCUCCUGGUCGGGGGGGGAAAGGGGGGGACUCUUCACACAUUUUAUUUUACAAGGAACACCACACAACUAUCCUAAAAAGAAAUUCCAUCCAAAUUUUUGUUGUCAAACAGCAUUUUCUUUCAGACAACUCAUUCCCUUAUUAGAGAAUGGCACAACAGUAAGAAAAGUAUUGUAAAACCCCUAAGUUGCAUGAAUACCUUUCUCCUGCUGCCCACAAGUUGAUGAUAUAUGGGCUAUUUACUGCAGGCCAUGCCUUGCUUCCUGCAGAGAUUCUCAUACCACUCUGGGUCUAUAAAUUGUCCAAUGGCAUUCUUUCACAAGGCUGAUAAAAGACUGGAAACCGUACAGAUCUGAAUAGUCAAGAUAACUUUGUUAUAUCCCUUGUGAAAAUACACAGGAUGACAACACGGGACUAUAAAUGAACAUGUCAUAUAGCUACAUAUAGCACUGAUUUAAAAAAAUAUAUAUAUAUAUUUAAAGUACUAGUAACAGUUAAUAAUGUAUGAAAGCCGGAUUUGUUUUCAAAGUUGGGCAAUUUUUUAUGCCAGAGGCUUUCAGUGCACAGUAAGCCCCUAAUAGAUAAACUAAUGCCCACAUCUCUUAAAUAGCCUAUUGCUUAAAACCAACUUUUCCUUUUUUUUUUUUUUUUUUUAAGGGUCUUCAGAAAUAUACUUUCAAGGAAAACGUAUUCUGAAAGAUGUAUACAUGUUCAUUUGUCAGUUACUUGAUUACUAUGCCUUUUUCAUCUGUUACUACCUUAAAAUGUGGAAACAUACAAGUUCGUGUUUCUUACAGGAAUAACCAAUCUCCUUGAUCUCUAACAUUAUAGUGUACCUGAUACAUGGUGACAGGUGACCUUAAAAUGUUGAGAAUUGUGUAAAUAUGUAAGGGAUUUUACAACGUAUCUUGAGACUAUCCCAUGUUUUCUAGUCUACAAUAGCCUCAAACUGCACUUUAGAGCGUGAGCCAAGGUGACGGUUCCACAAGCAGUGUGUUUCAUUCUAGCUUUCACAUGGACUGAAAUAAAAGUUACUUUAUUCGAAGGAUGAAAAGUAAGUUAUUACAAACAAGAAUUCUGAUGUGUCAAUAGAGCGAACAUUCUAGAUUUGUCACUGACUAACAAUGAAACGCCUGGAUUGUGGAACAUGUAUGCUGUAAAUAAAUAUUACCUCAUAGCACUUUCAUACGUUACAUUUAACUGAUUUCACAGGAUAAGAUAAAGCUUUAAUUCCUGACAGAUGGGACAUACUCCCUCAAUAAGCAAUCAAUGUGAUAUCAAGGCAAGCGCAGUACAUGCUACAAACACAGCCUGAUUGUUAGUUACAGUAACAUUCAGAUCAUUCUGUAAGUUGUAGCUUGGCUUUUCAACUAUAUAAAACAAACAGUAUAAAUAUAUAGUAAGAUUCGUUUUCUGUCAUCACGUUUGGUUUCCCCCCUCCGCCCCUUUUUAUGUGCAAAAACAGAUCUAGGCGAUUACACAAAUGUGUAAAUAUGUGUAUACAAUAAAGUAUAUGGUAUUGUUUACAAAUUCUGAUCAUGUUUGUCUCUCCAUAAAACCAAGUGUUAAACUUGUAACACCCUUAUUCUAAAUUGAUUGCAUUUUAACACCCUUAUUCUAAAUUGAUUGCAUUUUAACACCCUUAUUCUAAAUUGAUUGCAUUUUAACACCAUUUUUCUAAAUUGAUUGCAUAUUCUUUUGAGCAUUUUUAAAAGAUCUUUAUGUAAAUAUUGCCGUAGAAAAAAAAUCCUUUCUAGAGUAGCUCAGGAAAGAUAAACAUAGGUAUUCCUUCACUGUUCAGAUGUAUUUUAUUGACAUUAAUACCCCCUUAAGGUUUUUUUUAUUUUUUAUUUCUUCAUGUGCACAUUUUCCUAAUUGUAAAACUAUUAGGAAAAUUGCACUGGCAGGUUAUUUGCCAUCCUGGGUGGGACUGGUUUGUGACCAGGUGUCAUUAUGUACUGUAUUUUAACCCCUACAUAACUACUG